UGUGCCUCCCUCUUUCCACAGGCCUGUCUGGCCCUGAGUCCCCUUUCUGAAGCGGUGGUGCUUGGACGACCUGCUCUCUACGUGGCUGGGCACUUGUUUGUGCCCUUUGAGAGCACAGUUUUGAGGUUCAAGUCAGUGUGACCAUGAAGGGGCUGCCUAUUGGGCUGAUGCUGUGACAUUGGAGUCCGCCUUUUCUGCCAGUCCCCCUGCCCGGAACAUGUGGCUGCGGCUUGGCCCGCCCCCGAUGUCCCUGAGCCCCACACCCACAGUUGGCUGGAGCCUGUGCCUCACCCUGUGGUUCCUCAGUUUGGUGCUGAGGGCCAGUACCCAGGCCCCAGCACCCACAGUCAAUACUCACUUUGGAAAGCUAAGGGGUGCCCGGGUACCAUUGCCCAGUGAGAUCCUGGGGCCCGUGGACCAGUACCUGGGGGUACCCUACGCAGCUCCCCCGAUCGGCGAGAAACGAUUCCUGCCCCCUGAACCACCCCCAUCCUGGUCGGGCAUCCGGAACGCCACACACUUUCCCCCAGUGUGCCCCCAGAACAUCCACACAGCUGUGCCCGAAGUCAUGCUGCCAGUCUGGUUCACUGCCAACUUGGAUAUCGUCGCUACUUACAUCCAGGAGCCCAACGAAGACUGCCUCUACCUGAAUGUCUAUGUACCCACAGAGGAUGUAAAGCGGAUUUCCAAGGAAUGCGCCCGAAAGCCCAACAAGAAAAUUUGUAGGAAAGGAGGAUCCGGAGCUAAGAAACAGGGCGAGGACUUAGCGGAUAAUGACGGGGAUGAAGAUGAAGACAUCCGGGACAGUGGUGCUAAGCCCGUCAUGGUCUACAUCCAUGGAGGCUCUUACAUGGAAGGGACAGGCAACAUGAUUGAUGGCAGCGUCCUCGCCAGUUAUGGCAAUGUCAUCGUCAUCACCCUCAACUAUCGGGUUGGGGUGCUAGGUUUCCUGAGCACUGGAGAUCAGGCUGCCAAAGGAAACUAUGGACUCCUUGACCAAAUCCAGGCCCUCCGCUGGGUGAGUGAGAAUAUUGCCUUCUUUGGAGGAGACCCUCGCCGUAUUACUGUCUUUGGCUCAGGCAUCGGCGCAUCCUGUGUCAGCCUCCUCACACUGUCACAUCACUCUGAGGGGCUUUUCCAGAGGGCCAUCAUCCAGAGUGGCUCUGCUCUGUCCAGCUGGGCUGUGAACUACCAACCAGUAAAGUACACCAGCCUUCUGGCAGACAAAGUGGGCUGUAACGUGCUGGAUACUGUGGAUAUGGUGGACUGUCUUCGGCAAAAGAGUGCCAAGGAACUGGUAGAGCAGGACAUCCAGCCAGCCCGCUACCACGUGGCUUUUGGGCCUGUGAUCGAUGGUGAUGUCAUUCCUGACGACCCUGAGAUCCUCAUGGAACAGGGCGAGUUCCUCAACUAUGACAUCAUGCUAGGUGUCAACCAGGGUGAGGGUCUCAAGUUUGUGGAAGGGGUGGUAGACCCUGAGGAUGGUGUCUCUGGCACCGAUUUUGACUAUUCUGUCUCUAACUUUGUGGACAAUUUGUAUGGCUAUCCGGAGGGUAAAGACACCCUGCGAGAAACUAUCAAGUUCAUGUACACAGACUGGGCAGACCGUGACAACCCUGAAACCCGCCGUAAAACACUAGUGGCACUCUUCACAGACCACCAGUGGGUGGAGCCCUCAGUGGUGACAGCUGAUCUACAUGCCCGCUAUGGUUCACCUACUUAUUUCUACGCCUUCUACCAUCACUGCCAGAGUCUCAUGAAGCCUGCCUGGUCAGAUGCAGCUCAUGGGGAUGAAGUACCCUAUGUUUUUGGUGUCCCUAUGGUAGGUCCCACUGACCUUUUCCCCUGCAACUUCUCCAAGAAUGAUGUUAUGCUCAGCGCUGUUGUCAUGACCUAUUGGACCAACUUUGCCAAGACUGGGGAUCCUAACAAGCCAGUUCCCCAGGACACCAAGUUCAUUCACACGAAGGCCAACCGCUUUGAAGAAGUAGCCUGGUCCAAGUACAAUCCCCGGGACCAGCUCUACCUUCACAUCGGGCUGAAACCAAGGGUCCGCGAUCAUUACCGAGCCACUAAAGUGGCCUUUUGGAAACACCUGGUGCCCCACCUGUACAACUUGCACGACAUGUUCCACUACACAUCCACGACCACCAAAGUGCCGCCCCCAGAUACCACCCACAGCUCCCAUAUCACCCGCAGGCCCAACGGCAAGACCUGGAGCACCAAGCGGCCAGCCAUCUCCCCUGCCCACAGCAACGAGAAUGCCCAGGGGUCCUGGAACGGGGACCAGGAUGCAGGGCCUCUCCUGGUGGAGAACCCGCGUGACUACUCCACUGAAUUAAGUGUCACCAUCGCUGUGGGGGCCUCCCUCUUGUUCCUCAAUGUUCUGGCCUUUGCUGCCCUCUACUAUCGCAAGGACAAACGACGCCAGGAACCCCUGCGGCAGCCUAGCCCCCAGAGGGGAGCUGGGGCCCCUGAAUUGGGAGCUGCUCCUGAGGAGGAGCUGGCAGCUUUACAGCUGGGCCCCACUCACCACGAGUGUGAGGCUGGUCCCCCCCACGACACACUGCGCCUCACUGCACUGCCCGACUAUACCCUGACCCUGCGGCGCUCACCUGAUGACAUCCCACUCAUGACCCCCAACACCAUCACUAUGAUUCCCAACUCCCUGGUGCAGACUUUGCACCCCUACAACACCUUUGCCGCAGGGUUCAACAGUACCGGGCUGCCCCACUCACACUCUACCACCCGAGUAUAGCUCCAGCCCAGAGCACAGCUCACCUCCCGGUCCCUCCCUCGACACACACACCAUACCACACACAGGCACGCACACACAG